CAUGCUCCUUCAGACAUCCGGUCUUCCUUUUGGCUAAGCAACACACAUAGCCAUGAUGCUUACGGCCACAUACCCUCUAGGGGCAGUGCUCUCCCCGAGCCAUGGCCCUUCUUCCUUCCCGAGCAGCACAGCCUCGCCAGGCCAGUGGGCGCCUCGCCGGGCCGUCUCAUCAUCCAAGGUAAGCUGCACCCGCGUCAGCGUGUCCGAGGUCGUCAAUGGCUCAGCCGUAGGCACGGUCGACCAAGAACAGUCCGGCUUCCUUCUCACGCGCCACGAGAAGGCCGAGCACAUCACGCUGAAUGCCACAGUGACGGUUCGCUUAGACGAGGGAUGGUCCACUCCCAAGAACGUGGCGGACAUGGCUCAUCGACGGUGGCUGUUCCUUGAGUUCAUCAGCUCGGAGUUGGAUCCGGAGGGCAAGGAGAUGAGCACAGCCUCCCGCCACGCCAGCUACUCGCGCACGGACGGCGCCGGUUCCUUCAUAUUCGAGGUCAGCGUUCCGUCCUCGUUUGGCGCCAUCGGCGCCGUGGUGGUCGAGAACCGCUACAGCAGCGAGGUGUACAUCUCGGACAUCAAGGUCCUCCCCCACGGCGGCGGCGAGUCGAGCGCCGCCGUCACCUUCAGCUGUAGCUCCUGGGUCACCUACCACGCCGGCUACAAUCAGCUGAUCUUCUUCCCUCUCAACAAGUCCUUCCUCCCGUCGCAGACGCCUAGGGGCGUGCAGAGGCUGCGCGACAUGGACCUCAAGGCCAAACGCGGGGACGGCCACGGCGAGCGCAUGCCGUGGCAGCGCAUCUACGACUACGCCGUGUACAACGACCUCGGUGACCCCGACAAAGGCCCCGACCUCCGGCGGCCGGUGCUCGGCGGCAAGGAGCACCCCUACCCGCGGCGCUGCCGCACGGGCCGCCCCCGCUGCCGGGCGGACCCGUCGUCGGAGGCGCGGGCCGAGGGCGACAUCUACGUGCCCCGGGACGAGGCGUUCACGGAGCGCAAGGCGGGGGCGUUCCUGACCAAGACGGUGACGUCGACGCUGUCCGCGUUCACCACGGCCCAGGAGGUGGCCGGCGACAGACGGCGGAGCUUCCCGUCCUUGGCGGCCAUCGACGCGCUGUACGAGGACGGCUACAAGAACCAGCCGGGGCAGCAACCGGACGACCUCAACGCCUACUUCGCGGACCUGCUCAAGAAGCAGGCGGAGCUCCUGCUCAGGGGCGAGGAGGAGGCGGUCAAGGAGGACAUACGCAGAGUGUUCAAGUUCCAAACGCCGGAGAUUCACCAGAAGGACAAGCUUGCCUGGUUCAGAGACGAGGAGUUCGCGCGAGAAACCUUGGCAGGGAUGAAUCCGCUGAGCAUCCAACUACUCACGGAGCUCCCUAUUGCCAGCAGGCUCGACGAGAAAACCUACGGCCCACGGGACUCCCUCAUCACCAAAGAGCUGAUCGAAAAGCAGAUAAACGGUGUCAUGACAGCUGAGGAGGCCGUUCUGAACAAGAAGCUGUUCAUCCUGGACUACCACGACAUGCUGCUGCCUUACGUGCACGAGGUGCGCGAGCUCGAUGACACGACGCUCUACGCCUCGCGCACGGUCUUCUUCCUGCAAGAGGAGGGCACGCUGAGGCCGAUCGCCAUCGAGCUGACCAGGCCCAGGUCCCCCAACAUGCCGCAGUGGCGGCAGGUCUUCACGCCGGGGUCCAGCGUCACGGACUCGUGGCUGUGGCAGCUCGCCAAGACCCAGGUCCUAGCCCAGGACACCGGCUACCACCAGCUCGUUAGCCACUGGCUGAGGACGCACUGCUCCGUGGAGCCGUACGUGAUCGCGGCGAACCGGCAGCUGAGCCAGAUGCACCCCGUGUACCGGCUGCUGCACCCGCACUUCCGCUUCACCAUGGAGAUCAACGCCCAGGCGCGCAAGGCGCUCAUCAACGCGGGUGGGAUCAUCGAGAGCAGCUUCUCGCCGGGGAAGUACAGCAUGCUGCUCAGCUCUGGGGUUUACGACACCUUCUGGCGGUUCGACAAGGAGGCUCUGCCGGCCGAUCUGAUCCGAAGGGGCAUGGCGUUCCAAGGGGAGGAUGGCAAGCUGGAGCUGACCAUAAAAGACUACCCGUACGCCAACGACGGCCUGCUGAUCUGGGAUUCCAUCGAGCGCUGGGUGUCAGACUACGUGGAGAAUUACUACCCGUCGGCGGCGGACAUCGCCGGCGACGAGGAGCUCCAGGGGUUCUGGACGGAGGUGCGCACGAGGGGCCACGCAGACAAGCAGGACGAGCCAUGGUGGCCCAGGCUGGACGGCCACGAGAGCCUGGUCCAGGUCCUGAGCACCAUCAUCUGGGUCGCGUCUGGCCACCACGCCGCGGUGAACUUCCCCCAGUACCCCUACGCCGGCUACCUCCCGAACCGCCCGACCAUCGCGCGGAGGAACAUGCCGACGGAGCAGGGCUGCGAGGACACGCGCUCCUUCCUGCGGGACCCGGAGAAGGUGCUGCUGGACACGUUGCCGUCGCAGUACCAGAGCACCCUCGUCCUGCCCGUGCUCAACCUCCUGUCGUCGCACUCGGCCGGCGAGGAGUACCUGGGCGUGUACUCAGAGCCGGCGUGGAUGGCGGAUGCGGAGGUGAGGGCGGCCUUCCUCAGGUUCAACGGGAGGAUGAUGGAGAUCGCGGCGACGAUCGACGCUCGGAACAAGGACCCGAGGCUGAAGAACCGGCAGGGCCCCGGCGUGGUGCCGUAUGUGCAGCUCAAGCCCAACUACGGUGACGUCAAGGACAUGACGUCGGUGAUGGAGAUGGGCAUCCCGACCAGCAUCUCCAUUUGAGCUGAUCCGAUGAGCAAUAAUGUGUCUAGUUGCCCGUUUAUACUACUAGUAGGUGUUCGAAGACCAAUGCUGAAAAAAAAUGAUCAACUUAAA